GAUCAGUAAUGGCUAGCACUUCCAGUACAACCCCCGUAUCAAACGAAGAACGAAGAUGGGUUGUCAUUGGUGUAUGUUUGACCAAAGUGCUCACUUCUGCAUUGAGAAAUGUUCUUGCAACCGAAAUGCCAAAGUGGCAUCAACUUUUAUGUCAACCACCGACCGAAAUCGACAAACAAGUGUUUGGUGGACACCAGAAAAAGUUACACCCAUCAACUUUGAACCUCAACUAUAAAAGUAUCAACAACAAUGAUGUCAUUGGACCACCUAGCGCAUUUGAUUAUGCAGUUAAGGAUCCAUUGUCUUUGGCAAAGUUGUUUGUUAAACCAUUCAUGUCCAAGUUCACUGGCUUUGACGUAACAAUGGAUACGUCUGCAGUCUUAUCAGUGAUCUGUGAAGCUGCCCCAUUUGUAGGAGCUGCUGCUCAUGCAAAGACAGUUCGAUCAGAUAUCAGAAACGAGUGGGCACAUUGCAACUUUGCAGAAUGGACUGACGCAAAAUUUAAAGCUGCUUUUCAAAAUAUGGAAAUUUUACUGAAGAAUGUGAAUCUCCCACCUAAUGAUGAACAGAAAUUGUGUGAUGAACUCAAUAGCUGGAAAAUUAAAGGUAAUGAAAUUUUAUAUCCAUAGACAUGGGAGGAUUCUAGAUUUUGACAAAUUCAGAGUAUCCAAGUAGAUAGUAUAGCAUCUAUCUCGGUAUCUAACAUUGGUUUCAGCAUCCCAGAUUUGCUUAAUUUAUUUGUAUUAAUUGUACACAGUGUUGUAAAAAUUACCAAAAAACGUAAUGGAUAGAAAUUACAAUUCCUUCUUCGAAAAGGUAAUUAUUACAAAUUACUUUCGUUCAAAAGUAAGUAACCCAUUAAGGGCCAGCGCUCUCCCCUUGACGAGUAAAAUCGUCUGGCGUUAGACAGAGUAAAAUACUAAAGUAAGGUGCAUCAGGGUACAUCGCCACUCAAUGGGUUAAUUAAUUACGAAUUACUGUAAGUACCUGUUAAAAAGUAAUUGAUUACUAAUUACUUGCGCGCGAGAUUACUUUUUACUUAGACGCGCUAAUAAGGUUGAACUGCUAUAAUAUCAAAAUGCACCUACUGUGAGGAACAUACAACUGCGUUGAAUUUCGUACUUAAUUUGAAUAGGGCAAUCUCGAUGCAGUCGCAUAACCACUUAACCCUCCACAGACAUUCAACUUCAAUGCCAUUUCCUUCUGAAAUUUACUGAUAUAUAUAGUAAGGUUGGAAAAAAUUAAAAAAGCACGCAGAAGUAACGCAAAUUACUUUCUUCAAAAUGCUACUCGUUACCUUAAAAAAGUAAUUAAUUACUUUGCUACAACAGGUAAUUAAUUACCGAAAAAUUACUCAAAAAGUAUUUAGUAAUUAGUAACGCGUUAUUUUAAUAAGGAAUAUUUAGGCGACACUGAUUGUAGGCUACAAUUCCAUAAAAGCAUUGCACUGAUUGUAGAAUUCCAUAAAAACUUAGCAUUGAGUAGCACCAAAGUUGCUUCUCUGUUUGCAUAACCAUGCAUUUAUGUGUUCAUUCCUCAUUUAUUUGAGUCCGCCACUUUAAAAACAAAGAUCGAAGAUUGAGAUAUAUUAAGAGAAUUGAAAAACACUUUUUGAGAUUGAGUUUUAUAAAACCAAUACUAAAAGAUGUGCCGUAACAGAAACUAAUGAAUAAUUGAUGCUAAACAUCAUCAUUGUGUACUUGCAGGGACCGCAGAAGGGGGGAGGCGGGGAGGGGGGGCAUGACCCCCUACUUUUUCGGUGGAUAAAGAAGUUACCGGAUAAAAUCCAGCCUGCCUGCGCGACAUAUAGCUCCCGUGCUUGCUGCCCCCCCCCCCGCCAAACCCCCCCCAAAAAAAAACACCUUUCAAACAGACUCUGCCGUCCCUGGCAUGUAAGAAUGAUUUUCUUAACAUAACUAAGAUUGCAACUUUAUUACAGGAUUUCAGUUGUGUUUUGGUCAAGCUGUCGACAAUGAAAUCUUGACUUUACUCAGAAGUGAAGUAGAUGAACUUUUUGAAACUGUUCAGACAUGGAGUUCAGAAAAAGAACAGGUUUGAAAAUUAUUUCAUUUCCCAUUGCAGGUGUAAGCUGAGACAUUUAUUUGGUACAAAAUAUUAAAAAAUUAUUUACUUUACUGAAGGAUUAAAAUCCUCAGCCACUAAAACCCUUAAAACCAACAAAGUAACACACAACUUUAUAGACGGCCGGCCAAGUCAUCAAUUUGUACAACUGGAUGGCAACUUUAUGUUAGAAGUUGGUAACAGGCAUUUUCUUAUAGUUCAAGCCUUGGUGAACAAGACUAUAUGUGUUACCACUUCUGAUUUUUGCUUUAUAGCCAAAAAUUUGAGAAUUUUUAAAUUUUGCCUAUUAAAUUACUAUGAUAGGAAAAAAUGUAAAAUUUCAUGUUCUCUUAUACGAAAAAUAAGCUAUACCACUAGAAAGAGCGUAAAAAACUAUAUAUAAAAAAAUUAAGUGAGUUCUACAUUUUCCCAAUCCUAUUUCGAAUUUUUAAUGUUAAAAAAUGCAGAAAUUACCAAAUUAAUGCUAAUUAGUACCCAUUUUGCCAACUUUAACCAUCUUUAAUUCAAAAUCGGCUUGAAAAUCGCACUAGUCGCUUAAUUAUCUUAUAUAUAGUUUUUUGCGCUCUUUCUAGUGGUAUAGUUUAUUUUUUGUAUAAGAGAACAUGAAAUUUUACAUUUUUUGCCAUCAUAGUAAUUUAAUAGGCAAAAUUUUAAAAUUCUCAAUUUUUUUGCUAUAAAGCGAAAAUCAGAAGUGGUAACACACACAGUCUUAUUCACCAAGGCUUGAACUAUAAGAAAAUGCCUGUUACCAGCUUCUAACAUAAAGUUGCCAUCAAACUCUUUUUAGAGGCACUUUUUGCCACCUUGGCAAAAUGUUAUUAAAACAAUAAUCAGACCAAAAUGCACAUUAAUUGAAUACGUUUUGUUCCAUUGCAAUGUUUGGUAUUCGUUGAAUUCCAUCCGUCAAAACCUUAAUCGUAUAGUAAUUGUAGCUCAAUAAACUAUAAUUUUCAUAUUGAGAAUGAUGGAAUUAAAUUCAAAUACAUAAUUCGUGCGAAGCAAAAUGGCAGCCUGUCACGUCGUGAAUGGAAAAUUCCAUCUUUCACCGAAUGAAAAUAUGUUUACUCACAUUUGAAUCAUUAUUUGUAUACUAACUUAUUUGUUAUUUGCUUUGGCAAAAGAAUAUUGAACUUCCAACUGAAUCAACUGUACAAAUAAUGGGAGGGGGCACUUUUACAUUUAGAAAAUUGAAGUGUUUUUCCUUGGCGCGUGCCUUUCCUCCAAAUUUACAAAAAAGGACGCGUGAAUUAAACAAGUAAUAUAUUAUUAGCACCAAUGAAGAUCUGGCCGACGAUGGAAGACGCGAUUCAAACCUUUUACAGAAUAAACACUUCUAAAAAAAGGUGUCCUUUUCCACAAACCUAAACUUCCGGAUAGUUUCUUCCCUGUGUGGAGAAACGACGUCAAAAUCAAUAUUUGACAAAGCGUCGAUACUUAGUAUGGGUAAUGAUAAUGCAGUACUUAACGCUUAAAGUCGAUAUUAAAUAAUAAAGUUGCUUUGUCGAUUAUGAUAAUUAUUCACGACGUCACCCAUGACUUGGUAUAUAGCCCAUCAACCCCUUCCUUUCAAAAAUUAGCUUUAAUAAUUUUAUAAUGCUAUUAUAUAUUAUUAAUAUAGUGAAUUAGAAUGUGUGAUUUUGUAUGGAGCGGCCCUAAGCAAUGCAUCUAACUGAUAUGACUUAGAAUGCAAUGACAUUUGCGUUAUUUCAGCAUAUAGGUAUUACACCUCGGUGGAAAAAUUCUGCAUACGGCCCUGAACAGAUGUACGAAUGUGUCUUGUAUAAUACAGGUAUAUCAAAUCUGAAAAGUCAGAUUUGACACAAAGCCUUAAAUUCACAAAUGAAUCAGUAUUUUAAAAGCAAUUUAAGUGUUGAAUUGACGCAUUUUUCUGCUAAUUAAGAUCGCAUCCAGUUGCCGUCACAGUUGUGAUUUCCUUCAGUUUACCGUUCAUUUAUUAUUGAUGAAUUUGAGAUAAAAGCAAUUGAAAUUUAGCAACAAUUAAUCGAUGUACAAUAUUUAUCGUUUUACAGAUGACUACACUACGUUCCAGUAUCAGCGAGAUACAGUCAAAUUUGAAUAGGGAAAUGGGCAAUCUGCGUACGAGAGUAGAAAAAGCUGAGAUGCAGGGAACUACUAAUUCUUUGGGAAUAAAGAGAUGUGCUGCUCAGAUAGAUAAUAAUAGUAAAAAAAUAAAGCUUCUUCAUGACGAGCGUACCAAUGAACUGUCCAGAUGUUACGUUAAAGAAGAGGAGAAAAUUCCCUAUGUCUUCACUGCACCCCCGAGAAAUCGCUACUUCGCUGGUCGAACAGGAGAAAUCCAGGAGUUUAAACGUAUUCUGGAAGUCGAGGAAACGUUGAACGAAAAGAAAGUUCGCGUUGCAGCAGUAUGUGGUUUGGGAGGAAUUGGUAAAACAAGCUUAGUUUCCGAGUAUGCUCAUCAGAUGAAGGAUUUCUAUAAGGGAGGUGUUUAUUGGUUCUCAGCUGAAGAUGAUGCGCAUCUUUGCAAAACAGUGAACGCCAUCGCAGUAAAAAUUGGUGCAUUACUCAAUUCAUUUGAUUUAACGUUGCCAAAUAUCCUGAAAAAGAUUAGCACUGUAUAUGAUCCAUGUCUUAUUGUACUCGACUGCUUGGAUCAACCUGAUCUUUCGUCUAAUAUGAUGGAAUUCCUUUCCUUUCCUCCAAAAGAGAAUUUCUUUGGGCAUUUUAUCUUGCUCACAAGACGAAACCCGAAACGACUUGUUAAUGACGUUUCAGUUUUUGAAGAGAAGUUUUGUCUUCAACUCGAAUGUUUGCAGUCUGAAGAAGCGAAGCAAUUUCUUUUUUCAAGAACUAUGGUAGCACGUGAUGAAAAUGAAAAUGCUGAGAGUGUCGCAGAAUGUCUUUGUGAGAAGCUGGGGAGACUGCCACUUGCUUUGGAACAAGCAGGAGCAUAUAUUCAAAUGCUGGGUUGCAGUUUGUCUUUAUACCUUGAGCAAUAUGAGGCUCAACGCUUGCGACUGUUAAGUCUGCAACCAGCACGUCCUGUCGCACCUGGUAACGAGUCAACUCAUCGUCUCGCCGUUCACACGACAUGGCGUAUCAAUAUAGAGUAUAUUGAGAAGAGCACAAAUGGUCAGGCUGCUGUUCGAUUUAUGAAUGCUUGUUCUUUUUUCGAUGAAAAAGAGAUCCAGAAAGAAUUGGUCAACGUUGGAGCACCCGAAGUGGAAGACGUCACGUAUCGUAAAUGUGUGUCGUCGCCAUUAGGUUCCCGUCAGGUUCUAAAAUUGCUGACUGACUUUUCACUUUUCACGCAUGUCGAAGCGGGCUGUGUCGCCACCCAUCGUUUGGUCCAGGAACUAGUAUGGGAAAAUCUUGAUCCUAAAUCGAAAGCAGAGAGUUUCAUCGAUGCUGUGCGCAUGCUUUCUUACGCAUUCUCUAAAUGUCCUUCACCCAGUAAUCAUGCUAGUUUAGAUGAAAGGAAUGGCGAAGAACAAGACAUAUCGUUCUCUGGUAUACCAAAUAGUCCUUCUCACUUUUAUAUUUGGUCUAAGUUUUGUAUGCAUGGCCAUCGUCUUCGUAGAAAUGUCGAAGAUUUGUUGGUAAGUCUUGACUCUGUUUGUCUAGACUCGGUGUGGUUUCCUGAAACAGCUAAAAUUCUUUACGAAUGUGCGGUUCAUUUGAGUGCAAAUCACCAGCAGGAAGAAGCAAAGCGCACUUUGAACUUUGCUUACCGUAUAUUAGACUGGCUUCCUUUAGCAGGGUAUGAAACGGUUGAAAAGAAUGUUUCUGAUGAUUUCCUCUUUCCACUUCCAAUCCCUUUACCGGAACUAUUCCAGAUGAUGAUUCCACGAUUUUGCAUACCAACGUUUAUUUUCCUUGAAUCUCUGACUGAAAAGCCUACUCCUGAUGCUAGUGACCUUGCUCCUGAGGCUAGUAACCUUGCUCCUAAUGCUAGUGACCUUGCUCCUGAGGCCAGUGACCUUGUUCCUAAUGCUUGUGACCUUGCUCCUGUGGCUAGUGACCUUGCUCCUGAGCCUAGUGACCUUGCUCCUGAUGCUAGUGACCUAGCUCCUGAUGCUAGUGACCUUGCUCCUGAUGCUAUUGACCUUGAUUUAGAUAAGAAGAUAGAUAAAUUUGAAUUGGAUGGAAACAAGGCUUUUAAAGAAGGUUUCUUCGAAGAAGCAUUAGAUGCGUAUUCUUCUACAAUAAAUUUUGCUCAAGGUUGCAACAAACCGUUCGAUCCCUUGUUACUUACUAACCGUUCAAUGGUUUACAUAAAAUUGGAGCAAUGCGAAAAUGCUUUAAAAGAUGCGAAUGAUUACAUAUCGCGCCGUCCAUAUUGCUGGAGGGGUUAUGCUUUGAAAGCUCUGGCACUUGAUGGCUUGAAUAAGAAAGUCAGUGCCGACCUGGAUGAUAAAGCCAGUGCUGAAAUAGCAGCCGCUGUAGCUUUUUAUCACAAUAGGAGAAUUUUUACUGAUUUCCCUAUUUUCGUGGAAUCUUUUCCGGACUUGCAAAGACGCAUUUUUAUAUGCGAUAGUGUGGAUGAACUGUUCGAUGCGAUGUUUUCGCAGGAAGUAGAAACGGGUUUGUUGAAGAUUUUGGUUUUGGGAUCGGAAGAAUAUAUCCUAAAUUGUUCUGACAAACCUUGGAACAACUGUAUUCUAGUUGGCACAAGAAAAAAUUGUUGUGUUUCUUUGAAGUCAAACUAUAACAUUUCCUUGUUGAAGUGCAUGCUUACAAAUUUGUCAUUCAGUUUUAAUAAUAAAUGUAAGUUGCAUUGUUUACCUGAUUCGUUCGUCAAGAUCUUUAACUGUAUCUUUACUUCUUGUGAUCAUGAUGAUGAUGAUGAUGAUGAUGAUGAUGAUGAUGAUGCAGAAACUAUAAAAACUGAAGGGGCAUUCAAUGCAGAACAAUGCAGUUUUACAAGAAGUCCACUACUAUGUGAUAACCAAAGUCGUGCAGUUGUUCAUGAUUGUUCGUUUUGUAACAAUACGUAUCGUGGGUUAUUGUUGCACGGAGGGACGUUGAGAAUAGAAAACAGUCGCAUAUAUAAUAAUGGCGAUAAUGGGUUGUUUGUUAAAGAAGGAGAGUGUGUUGCGGUUAAAUGUGAUAUUCACGACAAUGGUAGGAAUGGAAUCGAAGCCGACAUGGGCAAGGGAAAUGUCACGCUGAUACGUAAUAGUGUUUAUAACAAUGAUAGGAAUGGAAUAGAGAUAGGCUCAUAUGGGCGUAUUGAAGGUGUGUUUGAUGUCAGAGAGAACAAAUUGUAUGAUAAUGGCAUUUGGGGAAUUAAGGAGAGCGGUUAUGCGGGCAAUAUAUCGAAGAAUAACAUUUUUCGCAACAAGAAUGGGGGAGUUUGUACAAACAAUGAUUCAGACAAUAAUUCAGACAAUGAUUCAGACAAUGAUUCAAAAAAAUAUUCUCCAGUUGUCGGGGAACGGAAUAAAAUUUAUCAUAAUGGUGGUCCAGGUCUUGUGGUGGAAGGUGAAAUUAUUAAAGUCGCAGAAUCGGGGUAUUCAAAUUCUUCCAGUUCCUUUCAAUCUGCCAAAAUCCAGAAUAACGAAAUGCACCAUAACGUAGAAAAUGAAAACGAUAUUAAGUUGAAUUUUUCCGUCCCAUAUUGCUCGUAUUGUCGUGUGAAGUGCAAACCGACAAUGUGCGAAAAGUGCUUUACCACUGCGUAUUGCAGCGAAUCUUGCCAAAAACAACAUUAUUCGAAGCAUAAGGAAAUUUGCAAAGUUUUACGUGAGAAGUCAAGCUAUUUGACAACUAAUGCGAAAGCGGACGUGGCCAGUAUGAGAAUUGACAAUCCAGAAGAAAGUCAUCAUAAUUUAGAACGUCUACAACGAUAUUUCAUUCCAACGCUCGCUUCCCCAUCACGAGAUGAUGUAAGGUUUGUUGCAAAAGUGCACAAUGCAUACGACUUUCGCGAAGUCCUUCUGUACGACCGUGAGCAGGAAUUUGCCGUGCGAUUUUAUUCCAAAGUUAUUUCACAACUUCUAAAAGAGUUCGGUGUGCUAUGUAGAUCGCCCAAUCUUAAGAAAAAGCUUUUCUUUCGCUGCCUUUGUGAAGACAACGGCCAGCUUCGACUAUUCACAAAUGAGUUUGCUGAAUUUCAAAACUGGUGAAACCAUAUAAUAUUUAGUACUGCCAUGUGAAAGAAUGACUACUUGAACGUUUCUUGAGUGGAAACAUUCGGUUCAUCCGACUUUACCAAGAGAAAUCAGUAACUGCAAAAAUCCAUUGCAGUAGCUGCAAAAAUGUGACUAAUUUCUAUUAUGAGGACUUGGUAUUCAAUUCCAUUUGCUCCACGUUUUGGAGAACAGCCUUUUGACUAUUAAAUAUAUCAACGUGUCUGGCAUGAGACAUAGCAAUUGUUUAUUAUAGUGGUUAGUUUAGCUUGUGGCCGCAACAUACGGCUGGAACAUACGGCUAGAUCCAGUCCCAAUGGGACUUUGAAAGGUCGCAUUACGUGAUUUAAAUGCUGUAAAUAUAACUUACAAUUUUAAAGACGACAACUUAGAAAGAAUUUUGGAUAUACUGUAGAAGGAAAUUAAGAAAUAUCGCUUGAAUAAGUGUGAAUCGUGGAAACGAAAUAUGUUAUAUACUGUAAGUUUAUUUUUCUUUUCGUUCCGAAUAUGUUUAACAGGUGCAAUAAAUAUUACUAAUACCAAAUAUCGUCCGUGUAUAACACCCCCCCCCUCC